GCUUUGCCCCGAGGGCGUUUACGUUUUUGACAGCUGGCGGCGCGACCUUUGUGCACACUGAGAGGCGACUGCACACAGGAAGGCAAUGGCGGGGAUGCGAGCUCUCAACGUUCGCCCACGAACUUUGAGAUUUCUUCUGCUCGGUGGGAGAACAAGUAGAUACUUCUCAUCGUCAGCAACAAUGUGUGAGCGGACGCACGUGAGCUAUGAGGUGAAGAACCAAGAUGUGGCUGUCGUGCGGUUCGACACGCCAAACUCCAAGGUGAACACGCUGUCCAAGCAGAUGCAGGCAGAGUUUACGGAAGUGAUGCGCGAGGUGUGGGCCAACGAGAGCAUCAAGAGCGCCGUGCUCAUCUCAAGAAAGCCCGGCUGCUUCAUCGCUGGCGCUGACAUCAACAUGAUCGAGUCGUGCAAGUCGUCGGAGGAAGUGACCCUCCUCUCCCAGGAGGGCCAGAAGAUGCUCGCCGACCUGGAAAAGUCUUCCAAGCCCGUCGUAGCGGCCAUCAGUGGCUCAUGUCUGGGCGGAGGACUGGAGGUGGCGAUCGCUUGCCACUACCGUGUGGCCACCAAGGACCGCAAGACUGUGCUCGCCACCCCGGAAGUGAUGUUGGGUCUCCUGCCGGGCGCCGGUGGCACCCAGAGGCUGCCCAAGAUGCUGGGUCUGCCAACCGCCUUUGACAUGAUGCUGACUGGCAAGAACAUCCGUGCGGACCGUGCCAAGAAGAUGGGGCUUGUGGACCAGCUUAUCGACCCUCUGGGCCCAGGUCUGAAGAGUCCUCAAGACCGCACGCUGGAGUACCUGGAGGAGGUGGCCAUCACCUGUGCGCAGGAUCUGGCCGCCAAGCGUCUCUCCAACAAGAAGAAGAAGGGACUCGUGCAGAAGGUCCAGGACUGGGUGAUGGGCUACGCGUUCGUCCGGGAGCAGAUUUACAAGAGGGUGCUCGCCAUGGUGAUGAAACAGAGCAAAGGGCUGUACCCAGCACCACUCAAGAUCAUUGAGGUGGUGAAGACCGGCCUGGAGCAGGGGCUUCCUGCUGGAUAUGCGGCGGAGCACAAGGCAUUCGGGGAGCUAGCGAUGACGCGGGAGUCGAGGGCCCUCAUCGGACUCUACCACGGCCAGGUGGCCUGCAAGAAGAACCGAUUCGGUGUGCCCGAGAGACAGGCAAAAACGGUGGCGGUGAUCGGCGCCGGACUGAUGGGUGCCGGCAUCGCUCAGGUCACCAUUGACAAGGGCGUCAGCGUGAUCCUCAAGGACACUUCGAUGGAGGGCUUGGGCCGGGGACAGCAGCAGAUCUACAAGGGGCUGUCGGACAAGGUGAAGAAGAAGACGCUGUCCACGUUCGAACGUGACACAGUCCUUUCGCACCUGCACCCCCAGCUCGACCUGAACGGCUUCAAGACGGCCGACAUGGUCAUUGAGGCCGUGUUUGAGGACCUGGAUCUCAAGCACCGCGUCAUGAAGGAGAUCGAGGCGGUGAUUCCCCCGCACUGCGUGUUCGCCAGCAACACGUCCGCUCUGCCCAUCGCGAAGAUCGCCGCUGCAAGCAAGCGCCCCGAAAAGGUGAUCGGCAUGCACUACUUCUCACCAGUGGACAAGAUGCAACUGCUGGAGAUCAUCACCACCGACAAGACGUCCAAGGACACCACGGCCUCCGCCGUGGCCAUGGGCCUGAAGCAGGGCAAGGUCAUCAUCAUCGUCAAGGAUGGGCCUGGAUUCUACACCACGAGGUGCCUGGCCCCCAUGCUAGCCGAGGCCAUCAGGACCUUGCAAGAGGGCAUCAGCCCGAAGAAGUUGGACAGCCUCACGACGGGCUUCGGCUUUCCCGUGGGGGCUGCCUCGCUGGCCGACGAGGUGGGAUUGGACGUGGCGGCGCACGUGGCCGAGGACCUGGAAAAGGCAUUCGGCUCGCGAUUCGGCGGUGGGGACGUGGGCGUCCUCAAGACCAUGGUGUCCAAGGGCUUCCUGGGACGCAAGUCGGGCAAGGGCUGCUACGUGUACCAGCCGGGCAAGAAGGAGCGACUGGUGCAUGAUGGCAUGGAGCAGGUGCUGGCGCAGUUCAAGCUUGUGGCCAAGCCUGAAGUGUCAACGGACCAGGACGUGCAGCUGCGGCUGGUGAGCCGCUUUGUGAACGAGGCGGUGCUGUGCCUGCAGGAGGGCAUCCUGGACAACGCGCUGGAGGGUGACAUCGGCGCCGUCUUUGGCCUGGGCUUCCCGCCCUGCUGGGGAGGUCCGUUCAGGUUCGUGGACGCUUACGGGGCAGACAAGCUGGUGGCGCAGAUGAAGAAGUUUGAGGCGGUGUACGGGGAGCAGUUCACGCCCUGCCAGCUCCUGCUGGACCACGCCAAGGACCCCAGCAAGCGCUUCCACAAUUAGACGCGGAGCGUCCCACGCGCCCUGGGCUCCCCCAGCAGCAGAUCCGCACUGCCGUUGUCAGAGUCUAACUCGGCCGCUUGGCCCUGGUGACUUCGGUGAGACCCUGUGCGCAGGGUUGACAGUCACUGGGGGCUAGCGACUCCUGUGGCGGCCCAGGUGCAGUCAGUUCACUUCUGGAGCGUUGUGGCUAAAUGUUUCGAUUUAGGUUGCUAAAGUCCGUAUAGGGCUCGGUCUUUGUCGCCAUGUGGCUUUUAUAACUACCAUACUUACGGCUGCCGUUAACACCAGUACGUGUGCCAUAUCGCAUGGUUAUGUUGAGCUUGUAAAAAGGAAGGACGCUAUGGCGAGGUGCGGUGUUGAUAUUGGUUAGAUAGAGCAUUGCAUCCAUGCCGUCUUGAUCUGCUUCUGUAGACCCACUUGGGUUCUUCAUGAAUGUAAGACCCCUGGGCCCAGGUGCCCGGGAGAUCUUUGAGCCCUUCGUCCUGUAGUCACGUUGCUGGCACAAGGAGAGAGACUUGCGGUGCUCGCCACAGCCUUCGUUGCGUUGGUCGCAAUGUCAUUUUGCAACAUUUGAGCAUAUUUCACGAACCCAAGUGUGCGGUUUGCUAAACCAAAACUCCCCACGUGUACGUCAAGCAAUUUAUUCCUCUGUGGGGUGGUUGCGGGGUUACCUUUCAAACAUGAGUACUGCACAUAAAGAGAAGGAUUUAUAAAACUGUGCAUAGUAUUACCUAUGUGACCUGUUGCAGAAAAUCGUUGCUUUGCAGAAUGCUACGUUUUUGCACCUUUUGCUGCGACAUUUAAUGCAGAGCCGUUGCCUUGUUGCCUUUUCAAUGCAAGUGACCUCUUUAAAAUGAAUGCGCUGUCGAUCGCCUGUGAUUCUUCAACUUGUAAGAUCGGUCCCUAACAAAAAAAAGUUUCUCUCCUAUGCUAAAGGAUCUUCAUUUUUGUCUUGGAUAUUUUACGCGUCACAUUUCACUUGUGUCCUUUACAUAUCUGACCCUGACUCCCCCCCCCGCAACCAUCGAUGUGAAACGCCUACUUCAAUAAACCUUUGACAAGAAGGCCCUUUCUUUACCUUGCCGUCUCUUAUGGAUGGAAAAAUUCCAUAGUGCAGACACCAAGAGGCUUAAGCGGUGUCAAAGUAUUUGGCAUGCGUGUGGUGACGAACCUAUAAUGCUUGAACUACCCCCACCUCCCCGCUUUUGCGUUUAUGGUCACGUUAACUUUUAGUACUCGCUGCACAUCUCGGUCGUAAACAAAGCCGUAAACGAAACAUCUAAUUUUAAUAUCAAUGUGAUUUAUUUUUCGUACAGCUCUUAUUUUUCCAUUCGAAGGCUCUUGUUUGUGUGUGUGUGUGGGGCACUCUUGGGAAAGCCUCGUCGCUCUGCCAAGCAGUGGCGCCGUGCGAUGACAGCACGUGGGUAUUUUCGUUGGCGUCCAGGUCAUGCGGUGGAACCUCGUCGGUCGACGUUGCGCUGCACUCAAGUGCUGGCUGGCGGCUCGAUGCGAUGCAGCGCUCGUGUGAAGAGAGUACAGCUGGCCCGUGACCUUCCAGCUAUGGUGGAGGUCGUCCUAGCGAAAUGGGUGCUGUGCAACUUUAGUGUUGCAAGCUCCCCUUUUGACGUUUAUGAUUCUGGACAUUGUCGUCGUGAGAAUUUGGUUGACGUCGGAGUUUAGGGGGGUGGGGGGGGGGUUAAUGGGGACGCCCAAUUUGAGACUUGGCGGCCUUGGUGUCUGCAAACGCUCGAACAGUGGAGACGUGCGGAUCGCAUGCAAAGGCACGGGUGCUGAAGUUGUUUUGGAACUGAAGGUUAACCUUUGUGGCGCGUUCAACCCGGAUGCGUCGUGUUUACGAGCCACGUGAAAUGUAACCCGUCACAAUAAAAACGAAUGGCCACUGGAGAUUA